AUGCCCGUCGAACUGCGCAAACGCAAGGCACCGCAGCCACCGCCUGCCCCGGCGCCGGCUGCAAAGAAGGCCACCAAGCCUGGCAGGCCGGCCAAGUCCAAGAAGCCAGAGCCCGCGGCCAAGAAGGAAGACGAGAAGCCCGCUGCUGCUGCUGCCGCCGCCUCUCCUGCUCCCGCUGCUGCGCCGUCGAGCAAAAAAGUCGCCGUCGGCCAAGUCAUUGACCUGGAUGGUUUUGGCGGAGAGAUCCAGACCAACGACGGCGAAACGACCACGUUGAAGAAGCUGCUCGAGGAGAGCGGGAGCGGCGUUGUCCUGUUCACCUACCCCAAGGCCUCGACGCCGGGAUGCACAAACCAGGUCUGCCUCUUCCGCGACUCCUACGCCCCUCUCACCGCCGACGGCCUCGCCAUCUACGGCCUUAGUGCAGACUCGCCCAAGGCCAAUACCACGUUCAAGGAGAAGCAGAAGCUCCCGUACCCGCUGCUGUGUGAUCCCCAGGCCACUCUCAUCGCCGCCAUUGGGCUCAAGAAGCAGCCCAAGGGUACGCAGCGCGGCGUGUUUGUGGUUGACAAGAAGGGCAAGGUGCUUGUUGCCCAGCCGGGCAGUCCUGCCGGGACCGUGGACAAGGUCAAGGCUUUGGUGGAGGAGUUGAAGGGGUAA